CAACUUGUAUAAUCUAGCAAGAGAGACAACUCUGUAGAAUACAAUUAAUACAAAAUAGCAAACGAAAUGAAAUAAUGAGAGGAUGAAGGAUGUGGAAGAUGAGGGGUUAGCAAUCGCUAAAGAAGUUGUUCGAGGAAGAGUCUUUGGACAUAAGAGAUUUGAAAAUAUAAUUCAAUCGAUCUCUGUUGUGGCAGGAGGCGGAGGAAAUAUAACAUGUGAGUUUGAGGUGACAGAGGAACACAGAAAUAGUCACGGGACUUUACACGGGGGUAUGAUGUCACUGUUAGUUGAUGCCGUCACUUCCUGGGCUCUCCACACCAAACUCAGGGACAGAAAUAGCGCCAGCAUUGACUUGUCACUACGGUUUAUAAAGCCCGCUAGAGUCGGAGAGAUAAUUGAGAUUGAUGCAAAAACAGUGAAAUGUGGUCGACGAGUGGCCUUCUUAUCCGCGGAAAUACGCUCCAAAAAUGGCGACUUGUUGGCGCAGGGAAAUCACACCAAACUCAUUAUGGAGCCGGGAUCCAAGCUAUGAGUACAAAAAACAAACGGAGCAGUUAUAUUGAAUUCCGCCGGAAAAAUUCUAACGUGGUGACCAGUACGACAUAUAUAAAGAGGACAAUAUACUCAUUUUGUUUGUGCUUUUUACAUGAAAUAAAAUUAAAAUAUA